AUGGAGAUUGCCAAAGACAUCCUGUCCCUCGCCUAUGACAUUUACUGUCUCGUUGAGGAUGUGAAGGCCAAUAAGAAGCGCUGCCAGCGUGUUUCUGAGCGGGUCAAAGCCUUGGAGGGCCUGGUGAGUCCCAUCUCCCAGAGGGAUGUGGUCCAACCCUCUGAUCAGGUGGAGACGGCCCUUACAGGACUCUCCAUCACUCUCAAAUCGGCUCACGAGCUCAUCAAGAAAUACGUCUCGGCAAACCUGGUGAAGCGUAUUCUGAAGUACGGCAGUCACGGAGACGAGUUCAGCAGCAUGAACGACCGGCUGAACGACGCCUUCCAGAGCCUGGCCUUGGCUCUGCAGCUGGAACAGGGAAACGCAGCGUUCCAGCUGUUCGAGCAGAACUCCAGGCUGGAAGAAGACGAGCGGGACAGGAAGGAGGAUGACGCUGAGAUGAAGAGAAUGCUGUUGGAGUACGCAGAGUAUGUGGAGGCGAUGCAACGAGACCUUGAAGAAAUCAAAAGCAGCGUUUCUAAAAUCGUGGAAAUGUUGAAUAAUCCCAGCAUCAUCAGCGUGGACAUCCGGCUGAUCAAACCAGAGGAGUUGGAGUAUAACCAGGAGUCUUUCAUCAUGGAAACUCCAAGCUCAAAGGUCUACAAAGGACAGUUUGGUGGAUUCACAGUGGCCAUCAAGAAAUACCUGGACCCACUCACCAGCCCAGGGGAGGUGAAGUCCGUUUUUGACACGGAGGUUGACACCAUGAAACGGUUCGAGUCUCCGAACAUCCUGCGAAUGUUUGGCAUCUGCCUCCUGGAUGAGAACACGCCUAAACCUCAGUACCUCAUCAUCAUGGAGUACUGUGAGAAGGGAAGUCUGCGAGAUGUUCUGAGUUCGAAAUGGGAGCUGACCUGGACCAGGAAGGCGUGCAUGUGCCUGGAUGCAGCGCAGGGUCUUUAUCGACUUCACCUGACGGAGGAAAAAAGUAAAGUUCAUGGGAACAUUACUAGCAACAAGUUCCUCGUAGAUGCAAACUACAGAGUCAAGCUGGGGGGGUUUGAACUGGCAAAAACAGAGACAACACUGAGAAAAAUGACAAAGGACAAAGACAGAGCCAUCAGGUCGUCGUGCUACUUAUCUCCUCAGCUGCUCAACAACAUCCAUCACGUCUACAGCAAAGAGUGUGAAAUGUACAGCUUUGGAAUUGUCCUGUGGGAAAUUACAACACGUAAGAAACCUUUCGAAGGUUGUACAACUGAUGACAUUCAUAAGAAAGUGUACAUGAAUAAAUAUCAGGAGCCCCUUCCCCCUGACUGCCCUGAAGGCCUGGGACAGCUGAUCAGCGCCUGCAGGUCCUUCGACAGUGACCAAAGACCGACUGCUGGAGUGUUGGUGGAUAAACUUCGCAGUGUAGUGGUGCAGUUAGAGCUGCAGUGA